AAGCAAGAUUUAACUCUAAUACGUUUUUGUGAUUUUCGAAUUAACGAAAUGUACAUAUCAAAGUAUGAUCUGAAUGGUGGGAAUUUAAUCAUCAAAAGGAUAGCUUGAAGAUGUUUCUUGUGUGUCAUUUGUUUCUUGUUUAUCUGCAACAAACACAGGCUGUAUGUACAUUUCCUACAGACAUGGUCGGAAGUUGGCAUGUCAGUGACUUUGGAGGUGCUGUUAUUCAAAGAAAAACUCUUACGACAGAAAAGAGUGUAGUUAAUUUUGGAACCAGAAUUUUUGAGUGCACAUUAAAAGAGGAUAAUCGGUAUCUUCUCACAUCAGACGUCUUUAAUUUUUAUGGAUCGCCAUUUCAACUGGGGCUAUGUUGGGAAUUCCAGAAAGUUUCGGAAACUCAGUACAUUUAUUAUGCAGCUAUGGACGUUUUGCCUAAUACACCAAAUACACGGAUUCUUUUUCGACUUAAUCCAGCAAAUUUCAACAUUACUGGAGACUGUCAAUUUAAAUCAAAUUAUGACCCAUGGCAGGCUAGGGUCUUUUUGAAGAAUGGGGCUUUGAGUAUAUCGCAAUGUCCCUUGAUCAUGCAAGCGAAUUUUACCUACACAUAUGACUUUGGUAACGGAAACCAAUGCACUGGGAACACAUCUUUAGACGUAUGCUCCGAUGUAACAUCGAUGGAAUUUGACUACAGCUUGUGCUCUACUGAGCAAGGAUAUUCAGCAACAGGAUCGCUGACGUGUGUUCACCAGGAACAGUUUAAUGAACUUGUUUACUUGAUUGUGUUCAACAAUGAUAUAGAUGCACCGGAUGAAGUGACCAGAUUUAGAUUCACUUGUUAUGUAAUGCAACAACAAAAAGGUGGCUUGCAUGCCAUACAGAUGACACAAUACCCACAAGCAUGUCUGGACAAACUCUAUCAAACGCCUUACCGAGUAGUCAGACCUGGGGCACACCUUCAGCUACAGCGUUCAAGUAAAGAUUUCUGCACGGGUCGAGGACAAGGAAAAGGUCAAUCUGUGGACUCUGUGGUCAGUGCCGUAGCUGCAAUUGGAGCGGUGUUUGGAACUAUUGUCCUCAGUCUUUCUAUUGUAAUUGGUGUUAAACUGUACAAUAAAUUUAAAAAGCACUCGAUCCAACCUGCAAGAAGUGAAAGCGUUUCAUCUUUAGCAUCCUUUGAUCGUGUGCAAUCGAUGUUUAGUCUGGAUGGAAGAAUUUCUCCAUUUUCACUCCGACCUACAUUAUCAGAAAUAGCAUACAAAAGGUUUGGUUCAUCAAUGGAUGAAUUGGACUAUAUGAAUGACGAAACUAAUGAUCAAGAUCUGUUUGAAGCAAUGAAUGAUAACUUUAUUGAUACUGUUGAGAGUUCAUUUGAUCAAUCUUAUUUAAGGGAGUAAUUUUCAAUAAUAUCUGUAAUAUCGAUAUUUGAACAAUGUAUGAAUAUAAUUAUAAAAAGCUAGUAUUCCUUUUU